GUUCGUAAAGCGGCAGCCUCGAAGCUCUUCGAGUCCCUGCUUGUCUACGAGAUGGCUAAUCCGGAAUCCAACGAGGCAGUGAGUAACCUUCUCUCUGAGACCGUAUGGGAAGAACCCCUCUCAGAAGUCAACCAGGUGCGCGAAAACAUAUGUCAACUGCUUCACAUACCCUCCUCCAGACCGGUUAUCUCGUCUCCACCGCCCCCCUCAAGCUGA